GGAAUCUUUCGAAAGAGCUUUCCGUUCCUCAAUAAUUAUGUUUUAUCGUCGUGACGCUGUGACAAUCGUUUUUUCCCAACAAAGUUUGGAGCACCAAACAUUGCUCAAAGGAUUUCAUUUUCACAUCGAACUUAGUUUUAGGCAUCUGAUAUAGACUAAGGUGAAAAUAAAGCCGAAAAAAUGUUUUCACUUUCUUAGAAUUGUGUGAGAAUCUCUCAGCGCCAGAAACUGCAUCUAGUGAUAUGCUCCUCUCGGCUCUACUCCAAAAUAAUUUUUUCAAAAACUUGAUCAGCGAAGUCUCGAGUAGACAAGGCGCGGAGUUGAACUGAAGUUAAGAUUUUUGUUGAGAGAGUUGGAGUUGGAGUUGAAAAAUUUUAAGCGGAGUUGGAGUUAGAGUUGGAGUAGGAAAUUUGAAAACGGAGUUGAGUUAGAGUGGAGUUGGAGUUGAAAGUCAGCGGAAUUGUCCAACCGUGAAACAUGGUAAUCGAAAAAACUAUAAUGUAAUUGUUGAAUGCCGUAAAAAAACUGUAUCAGGAUAUUGUUGUGAAUGUCCGAAUGGUAAUCGUACAGUUGGUUGUUGUAGUCAUGUUCCCAGUAUUCUGUGGUAUUUGGGAUUAGCACGAUAUGACACAACACAAUUAAAUACACCAUCAAAUAGUUAUAUUGAUUAUUUUAAAGAUGUAAACGAAGUAUCAGAUUUGAGUUCGACACAUGAUGAUGACGAUGACAAUGAUGUUUUAUAUAGUUUAAUGUAA